AUGUCGACACCAGCAGGCCAGCAGCCGCCCAGAAAGCCACUGGAUAAGCCCGCGGUUCCCCGGCCAAGCGCCAGUGUGCUCUUGAUUUCCCCGACAAACCAGAUUCUACUUCUCCAUCGUGUCUCCAAUGCCUCUACCUUUGCUUCUGCACAUGUCUUUCCCGGUGGUGCGCUUUCAAAAACUCAUGACGGCGAGAUACCCUACCCAGAUGAACCUGGCAGGCAUCAGGAUGGGCCGGCGUAUCGCAUGGCAGCCAUACGCGAGACUUUUGAGGAAUGCGGAAUCCUACUGGCCAAGAGCAAAAAGACGGGCAAAUUGUUCACCAAGAUCAGCGACCAAGAAAGAGAGCAGGGAAGGAAAGACGUCCAUAGUGGCAAGAUCAAGUUUGGCGACUUGCUCGAGAAAUGGGACGCUGUACCGGACACGGAAUCGCUGGUUCCCUUUACCCGCUGGGUGACGCCCAUGGACACGGUUAGGUCCCCUGGGAGACGCUUCACGACGCAAAUGUAUCUCUACUUUUUGCCUCUUGGAUCUGUCUCGCCAACCAAGCACGCCGCUCAGCACGCACCGGCAUCCGCGGAUUUGGAAGGAGACGCGAUUAUGAUUCCGAAGCCGACGCACGAUGGAGGCAUCGAACAUACAGCAGCACGCUUCCUGCCCCCGAACAAGUGGCUAGAUCUUGCGCGGCAGAACAAGAUCCUUUUGGUGUUUCCGCAAUUCUUCCUCAUGUCCCUCAUUUCCCCCUAUCUAGCUGCAACCGUAACAUCCGCAUCGUCGCCUACUCCUUCGCCAUCCGAGCUGCAGGCCGAGCGCGAUGCGUUUUUCGAGUUCCUGCAAAAACCUCGCAUGUACAACGGCAAGCCCGAGCCGUCAUUCGCAGAGGCCUGUAUUUCGCCUGUCGUUAUAGACAAAGGCCUCGUUGAGAAAAGCAAGCUCGAUGCCAUUGGCGGCGUGGCUAAGAACACCAUUGUGCUAACCAUGGACCACCCGGGGAAAGAAGUCGAGGAGCAAGGAUACGGGAGAAGAGGCAUCAGGGAAUGGGUCAUGACAGGCAAACUUACAAACGAGGGGCCGACCGAAGUGAAUAUCUGGAGAAGAGAUGAGUUGCUGGGCAACAGGAUACAAGAGAAGCUCUAGUAUUUCCCAGGAUUACAUGUACGUAUUGGCUUGCAGAUAGGAUAUACUCACGUAACCAAUAGAUUGCGUUUGCAAUGAUGGAAAUGCAGUUGUGUUCUAUCUGCAUCGCUUACUUAUCCGCACUGUCAUACAUACUGAUAUCCUAUGCCUCAUCCAGGUAUUUCCCGGUCUAUCUGGGAUAUCGUAUCCCAAGUCUUAUAUAGUGCACUAAGCAUAUAUCACUGC